AUGCUCCCUUUUGGUUUUUUUGUAUACUUGUUUUUGGGAUUGUGCCAAUUGUUCAUUUCAAGUUUUCUUUUAACGACUAUUCUGGUGAAAUUGAGAUUAAGGCAGAAAUAUUCUAUUUUUGCGGGUGAGAUAGGAAACUUUUUUCCAAAUAAUAUUUUAAAUUCAUUCAGUAAAAUUCAUAGUUGAUAUAAUUGUUGCGAUUCUGCUGAUCUCACUUUCAUUUUUGGAUAGACAUUCUGAUGAAAGGACGUGUAAUGCGACGCUGGUUAUUUCGACUUCGAUUCCACUCUUACAGGUUGGUAUAUUUAAAAGCACAAGAUAAGAAAGACAUUUUUGAAAAAUGUGAAAAUCUGUAUAAAAUUGUAUGGUCUAUUACCUUUAAAAUUAAAAUUAUUCCCACUGCUCUAAAAAGUUGAGACUAAAAAUCUUGCAGGUUCUCCUACUCCUAUGUGAAGUAAUCGAUUGGUCUCUUGCUGCAUUUUCACCAGUCUACUUUCAUCAUUCCUCACUUUUCACAAGAAUUUUACCAUUUCUAGCCGGAGCUGUUUGUUAUGCUGUAAUUCUUGUCGCUCUUGUUGUCAUUGGUAAGCAAAUUGUUUUAAAUAAAUCGUACUUAUCUUUGAAACAAAAUUGAUAUUUUCAGAUAUGACAACUGACAACACACAGUGCAUAGAUUCACCAGAAGCUUCUGCUGUUACCCAAGCCUAUGACUUUUCUUUGGCAAUCACCACUGUUUGUGUUUUGGGUCUCGCAGUUUUAUUGCACAAAAAUUUGAAUGGCGCAUAUUUCAAACCUGUGAUGUUGCAUUUUAUCGCCACAUUAUUUCUAGAAGAAUUUCCCCUGAUUACAUGUAUUUUGCUGAAAUAUUCGAAUAAUGUGAGUUGUUUUCCAAAUUCUAUUUUUAAUCUUAAUUUAUGACGUGGGAUUGCUUAUUCAAAAAAUUCCAGAAUUCCGCAAUAAUCGCAGCCGAUGUCACAAAUUGGCUUGUCUGUGUUCAUUCAUCUCUUCAUUCUGCAUAUUUUAUAUAUAAUCAUCAAGAUUAUCGGGUAAUUAAUUUUUGAAGGCUCCAAAUUCUUUUUACAAAAAAAAAUAAAACUGCCUAUAAGUAUUUCAAGUGUACCUAAAUAUUAAUUUCAGGAAAGUGCGGUCCAAUUAUUCUCAAAACUAUUGCAUAAUCGAGAAAGGUAG